AUGGUGAUGGCGCUGCCCGUCGCGCCGUCCACCUCCACCAGCGGGGACGCCGCCAAGUCGUCCACGAAGCGGCACAGCGCGCGCUUCGGAAACCCGUUCACGCACGCCGGCCCCCACGACGCCGCCGCCGCAGCCGCCGUUGGUACUACCGCGAGACGCGUGAUGGCUGCCGCUGCGAAGAACGCGACGAGGAGCGCGCGCGCCGCGGUGCCGGGCGGCUUGGGGCGCGCGGAGGCACGCGCGACGGGAAGUCGGCGGGUGGUGCGCGGAGCGCGGCCGGGAGUCGUGGACGACAUGGAUAUCGGCGUGGCUAUCCGCGCGGAUAUCGGCGUGGCUAUCCGCGCGGAUAUCGGCGUGGCUAUCCGCGCGGAUAUCGGCGUGGCUAUCCGCGCGGAUAUCGGCGUGGCUAUCGGCGUGGCUAUCCGCGCGGAUAUCGGCGUGGCUAUCGGCGUGGCUAUCCGCGCGGAUAUCGGCAUGGCUAUCGGCGUGGCUAUCGGCGUGGCUAUCCGCGCGGAUAUCGGCGUGGCUAUCGGCGUGGCUAUCGGCGUGGCUAUCGGCGUGGCUAUCGGCGUGGCUAUCGGCGUGGCUAUCCGCGCGGAUAUCGGCGUGGCUAUCGGCGUGGCUAUCGGCGUGGCUAUCCGCGCAGAUAUCGGCGUGGCUAUCGGCGUGGCUAUCGGCGUGGCUAUCGGCGUGGCUAUCGGCGUGGCUAUCGGCGUGGCUAUCGGCGUGGCUAUCGGCGUGGCUAUCGGCGUGGCUAUCGGCGUGGCUAUCGGCGUGGAUAUCGGCGUGGCUAUCCGCGCGGAUAUCGGCGUGGCUAUCGGCGUGGCUAUCGGCGUGGCUAUCCGCGCGGAUAUCGGCGUGGCUAUCGGCGUGGCUAUCGGCGUGGCUAUCGGCGUGGCUAUCGGCGUGGCUAUCGGCGCGUCAACGGGAAACGCAGCGCGAGAGUGGCGGAGGCGCAGCGUGCAGAGGGGGAGACGAGGUUCGCGGGCGGACAGAAGAGGAGGAGAACGGAGCGGCGCUCUCGCCUCUCGUUGCGCGGAGCCGACGGGGGGGACAUCGCGGAAAAGGGAAGUGCGAAAAAAAACCUAA